CGAAGGAGGGCUCGGGGAGGCGGGUGGGUGUAUCUUGCUACUGUCUCUGCCCAAUCUCCGAGCCGGGGAAGGAGUACCUUAUGAAUAUGAAAAGCAUCCCAGCUCCCUCUGUUCCCUCCCUUUCUGUCCUCCUCUCCUUGGCCAUGAAGGCAGCAGCCGAGCAGCUGUGAAAUCCGGAUGCUGGGGACCAGCGGCGAAGAUCUCUUCCUCUCGGGCACCUCAAAGAUGCUUCCUAGCUAAAGAGAAGAUGGGCGUUCAGGGCUCAUCCGCCGGUGCCAUGGGAUUUGCUUGUUUCUAUGCAAACUUCUCCUCCACCGUGAGACGUCGGAUGGGGCUGCCUGCGUUCCUUGCCAUCUGCUUCGUUCUGCUGAGCUUCUGCAGCUUGCCAUGCCUCGCUUUCCGCAGUCCGGAGGGAAGGCACAUCAGGAGACUACAGAGGGCCUUAGCAGCAGGGAUCGGCUCGGAAGAUGUGGCCAACGCGAGCCUCUCAAGCCCAGAAAGUAACUUCAGUUUACCUUUGCAAACAACCAGCACCCUUGCCUCCGAAAGCUUGUACAGAACCCCAUCAGAGCCAUCUGGGAGUUCGGUCUACACAGCCACCACCAUUAAAGCAACACUGCAGAGCAUUUUGGGCGUUCCCGGUUUCUUGGGAGGCCAGAAUUCGGAUAUUUCUAGCAUUGCAGAGGCAGGAGUUGAGGCAAACGAAAGGCAGUUCCUUACCAGUGAACCCAAAAAAGAGCUGGAUCAGAAGGCGACAGUUUUGACUCCUCUAGUUUCUAAUGUUCAGGAUGAUGUCCCAGAUAGAGACAGUGGUGGGGGAGUGGGACCUAUCUCUCCAGGGGAUUUAUAUGGGGAAGUUUUUACACCCAUUAUCCCAGAAAGCAUCAGCUACUCAGCCACAGUCCAGCCAAUCACACGAGGACAGAUGGCAAGUCUUCCUUUUACAAUGUCUGGUGACCAAACCACAAAUCCAUCCCCUCCCCUUGGCCGUGCAGUCGAUUCUGAGCAAACCCCAAACGGAGGUAGGCCAUUGGUUUCAGAAGGCACAGAGUCUACUGUAAAGCCCACUUUACUUCCCACCAAUGGGGAUAUUGGCUUGGAAGUGGGUGCCUCCACCAAUCCAGGGCAACCCAAAGGCAACCCCACCGGUGCUCCUGGUGCCGUGCCAAUGAGCGACGACUGGGAUGAUACAAAACUUGCACCGAGCACUCAUGCAAGGGCAACACAGCUGGAAAUGGUGAGCCAGCUCCACAUAGUCACCGAACUUUACCCUUCAGCAGAAGGAGAGGAGGAAGAAGAUGAUGUCAAAAGGGUCCCGCCACGGAUUUUGGCAGCGAAAGAAAGCGAAGGUAUUCUGACUGCCGCAAGCUUGGUCUCCACUCAGGGUGGACCAUCCACUAUGUCCUCAACCGGCUUGGAUCAUGUCCAAACCACUCAUCCAUCAAUGAAGUCUGAAGAUCCUGCUGAAGGCAGAGAGGAAAAGCCAGGGACAGCUGAGACGCAACAUCCAGAGACCGCCACCACAACCGACGUCACCAAAUCCAGCAUCUUCCAAAGCCAAGGAGUUCCCAUAAGAGGGGCAGCAACGGCAUCCCACGACUUUGAUGAUCUCUUCCCAGCUGUGACACCUGGAGACUUCACUACUCAAGAACAUCAGGCGACCGAAGAAAGAGCGUCAGUCACUCUUCCUGGUGCUUCCCCAUUGCUGAAGCAGUCUGAAAUCUCUGCAAAUACUGCAUCCCCUACCUACGUUACUGUUGUUGAAACAUUGGAUGUUGGAGUUCCUGCCACAUCUCAAGAAAAGGCCGGGGUUGCUUCCAUUGCUGAAGCUCCGACUGAACCAAGAGUGCGGACGGAAGAGAUCUUUGGCGUGACCGAAGCCAUGGCCGCUCCUCCUUCCUCGGCAUCUGCCACAAGGAAGACCACUGUCCCUGCCACGCACCAGAUAACCACAGCUGCCACCUAUGAGCUGGACAGACUGGAAUCGGAAGAGGAAGAGGAGGAGGAAGAAGAGGAAGAAGAGGAGGACGAAGAGGAACCAGAUGAAGAGGAUGAGGACGAGGAGGAAGAAGAUAAUGACGAUGAUAGAGACCUGAAUGAAGCUUUGGAUGGAGAUGCUGACCUGUCCAGUUUCACGGUUCCUGGGGAGACUUCGCAGGAACCUUUGGAAGAGCUGGAGAACCCGGUAGGAGAGCUCUCCGGAGUCUCUUACCAGGUGCCAAGCGCAAUCGAAUGGGAACAGCAGAACCAAGGACUCGUGAGAAGCUGGAUGGAAAAGUUGAAAGAUAAGGCAGGCUACAUGUCUGGGAUGCUGGUCCCGGUGGGAGUUGGUAUCGCUGGAGCCCUUUUCAUCCUGGGAGCGCUUUACAGCAUCAAGAUCAUGAACCGCAGACGCAGGAAUGGAUUCAAGAGGCACAAGCGAAAGCAGAGGGAAUUUAACAGCAUGCAAGACCGGGUGAUGCUUUUAGCCGACAGCUCCGAAGAUGAAUUUUGAAUCAGACUGCACCGCCGCGGCAGCGUCGUGAUCUCGAGUGACUCUCUCUCUCUGUCUCUCUCUUUCUAUAUAUUUUUUUCCUGCAAAGGGAGGUGGGCCAGGAGAAGGCAUUUUUUCUGCUGCAUCACAGCUGCCAACCACAUUCCCGCACGGCAGUGGCAGUUUGUACAGCCCGUCCCCGAACGAAACCACACACUCACUUCCAAAACACCCACACCGAAAAAGAGCAUGCUGCAGCGCAAGCGUAACACACAACUACAUUUGAUAUUUUUUAAUACAUAUAUAUAUAUAGACACCCAAUACUGUGGCAGUGCAACUUCAUAGUCAUGCGCUGCAUGUCAUUCAGAGGUAGUGUCGACAACGGAUACAGUGGCACAGAGGCCGAAAUGCGGGAUAAGAGACCUUCAAAUAUUAAUUUCUAUUCUGGCCGACAGCGAUCAAGCUGUCGCCGGUCUUGUUACAGUUAUUGGGGAAGGAAGAUACAUUCUGUUCCUCAAAGUCUUCUGCCUAGAUACAUUCUGCUCCUCAUUGGGAAGCUAUUUCUUUCCUUUUUUAAAGUUGCGUUACCUGAGCGGGAGUUCACGGCGUCUAAAAUUAACAGCUGUGUUUAAUUAAUGAAGUGCCGACUGGAAACAGCCUGUUUCCACAGCAAGGUAGUAGCUACGUAGAAGGCCACCAACAGAUGCAACGAUAUGUAUAGUAUGCUAUGCUUAGGGCUGAACUAAACAAUGCAUUUUUUAAAAAAACCAUGCAAAGUAGCUUGAAAAGAGGCAGAUGGGAAAAAAAGGUGAAGAAGUGCUUUAUCUUUUCCCUACUUAACAGUUUUGUGCUGGAUCUGCUCCUUUUCCAGUAGGAUAUGUAUGGAAUAGAUAUUCGGCAAAGCAAAGUUAAGCAUUUCAUUCUGCUUGCUGAUGUUCUUAAAACUGACAGUCCCCUCAACCUGCGUUUUGAUUUAAAUUAAAAUAGUAUUCUUACAUUUUCCAUCCAAUUUGGCCUUCUAAGCAUGUUGGCUAUGCGAGAUAAAUAACAAAUUGCCGUAGACUAGGGCUGCAGGCUUAUAAAUGCGGAUCAGGAAUAACCCUCGUGCCGAUUUACGGGCUGCGAAUAGGUAUGCUGUUUGGUUAUUACUCAGCUCUCCUGGCUGGAAAUAUCAGAACCGUCUUCCUUGUUGGAUGUCACAUUUGGUGCGGAAGUCAUGAGUCUGUGCGGGUGUUGCAAGGGCUACGAAAAUGAAUCCACUCUCCAUCUAAGCUCCACCUUGUCAGGAGCGACUUGAGGAACUGGUAUGAGAGAAUUGGCUGUCUGCAAGGACGUUGCCCAGGGGAUGCCUGGAUGUUUUGAUGUUUUUACCAUCCUUCUGGGAGGCUUCUCUCAUGUCUCCAGCAUGGUGAGCUGGAGCUGACAGAGGGAGCUCACCCGCUCUCCCAGAUUCGAACCGCCAACCUGUUGGUCAGCAGUCCUGCUGGCACAAGGGUUUAACCCACUGCGCCACUGGGGACUCCUAUCAAGUAUGGUAAUGGAGCACAUCAUGGUUUCCGUUGUCUGUCAUGGAUAAAUGGGUGCGGUGCUGAUUCUGUUCCCUGUUUUAUAACUGGAUUGGGUGCUUUUCUUUUGAGCUCAGAAAGAGAGAUAGAGUAUGACCCCCAUAUCCACAGGGGAUAUGUUACAAGACCCCCUGUGGAUACCUGAAACGUAGCAAAACCUGGAAGCUUAGCAUGAAAUCACACAGGAGGGCCUCGAGAGGCAUACAAAGACUUUUAGAGAUGGUGGGAUAUCCUUUAGGACAUGGGUAAGAGAACUCUGUGGAUAAUGGGGGUUGUAGUGUAUAUGUAGAGCUUAGAAAUUAUAUUUUUUAGACUCUAACUCCCAGAAUUCCCCCGCCAGCUUGGCACCUGGCCACUCUUCAUACACCUCGAAGGUGUAGGACAGGCGUCCCCAAACUAAGGCCCAUGGGCCGGAUAAGGCCCUCCAAGGUCAUUUACCUGGCCCCUGUCCUAAACUUUAGACUUAGGGUUGACCUAAGUCUACCUGAUCUUUGGAGGUCUCUUUGCUUACUUAUGGCCUUAUGAGAUCGUCUAGAUGGUUUUUGAAGGUCUCUUUGCUUACCUAUGGUCCUAUGAGACCAUCUAGAUGGCUUUUGGAGGUCACUUUCCAUACCUAUGGUCCUAUGAGACUGUCUAGAUGGCCUUUGAGGAUCCCUUUCCUUACCUAUGGUUUUAUGAGACCGUCUAGAUGACCUUUGGGGGCCACUUUCCUUACCUAAGGUCUUAUGAAACCAUCUAGAUGGUCUUUGAGGUCCUUUUCCUUAUCUAUGGUCUUCUGAUAUCCUGAUGAGAUCAUUUAGGUGGCCUUUGAGGGUCCCUUUCCUUAUCUAUGAUCUUAUGAGACCAUCUAGAUGGCUUUUGGAGGUCAUUUUCCUUACUUAUGGUCCUAUGAGACCGUCUAGAUGGCCUUUGAAGGUCCCUUUCCUUAUCUAUGAUCUUAUGAGACCAUCUAGAUGGCUUUUGGAUGUCAUUUUCCUUACUUAUGGUCCUAUGAGACCGUCUAGAUGGCCUUUGAGGGUCCCUUUCCUUACCUAUGGUUUUAUGAAACCAUCUAGAUGGUCAUUGAGGUCCUUUUCCUUAUCUAUGGUCUUCUGAUGGCCUGAUGAGAUCAUCUAGGUGGACUUUGAGGGUCCCUUUCCUUAUCUAUGGUUUUAUGAGACUGUCUAGAUGGCCUUUGAGGGUUCCUUUCCUUACCUAUGGUCUUAUGAGACCAUCUAGAUGGUCUUUGGAGCUUUCUUUGCUUACCUAUGGUCUUAUGAGAUCGUCUAGAUCAGGGGUCACCAAUCUAAGGCCUAUGGGCCCCUGUCCUAAAUUUUAGACUUAGGGUUGACCUAAGUCUGAAACGACUUGAAGGCACACAACAACAACAAUCCUAAUUUUGGACUAUUUCAUCAUAAUCCAGCCCUCCAACAGUCUGAAGGACUGUGAAUCGGCCGUCCACUUAAAAAGUUUGAGGACCCUUGGUAUAGGAUGUAACUUCAGGGGCCUUAGGCUGUUAGGAAUGGUCGGAGUUGAAGUCCAAAACACAUGGAGGGCCGGAGUUUGCCCAUGCCUGGUGUAGAUGCAUCCUAGGUCUAUAUCCUUGCCAAACGUGGACCAUUGGAGGUUAUGGAACCCAUAAUGUUAUCCUUCCGUAGUGUGAAAGGACUCUAGUAUGGAACCAAUCUGAGCCAAUACACUCUUACAAAAACAGAGGGAACAGCUUUAUUCCAAAUUCUGUUAUCCAUCUGCUUAACACUAGGUCUCUAAUCGGAUCAGCAGGGUUUUAUUUUGCUUCUUGAGCUGAAUGACAUUUCUCCUCCUACUGCUGUUCAAUGUAUAGAAGCUGUAAUUGAAACUUUAACGUCAAAAAUAAGCUAGGAAAGUAACGAUCCAAACAGCUUUGCCUUCCGUUUUUGCUGCUCCCCAUUAUCUGCUGCCUGAGGCAACUGUUUCGUUUUGCUUCGUGAUUGAGUCGGCUGUGCCGAUUCACCUGGCCUGCUCUCCGAAUCUUUUAGCAAAACAUACAGUAGAGUUUCGCUUAUCCAACCUUCGCUUAUCCAACUUUCUGUAUUAUCCAACGCAGUCUGCCUUUUAGUAGUCUUUUGUUUUUGUAGUCAAUGUUUUCAAUACAUCGCAAUGCUUUGCUGCUAAAUUCAUAAAUACAGUAAUUACUACAUAUUGUUA